AACCCACACACGCACAGGGAGAACAUGCAAACUCCACACAGGGGAGGCUGGAUUUGAACCCACAACCUCAGAACUGCGAGGAAGAUGUGUUAACCAGCCGUACACUGUGCUGCGUAAGAAAAAUACAACAACUGUAAAAUUCAUAAAUUACCAUGGAACAGGCGGCACGGUGGACGACUGGUUAGAGCGUCAGCCUCACAGUUCUGAGGACCCGGGUUCAAUCCCCGGCCCUGCCUGUGUGGAGUUGGCAUGUUCUCCCCGUGCCUGCGUGGGUUUUCUCCGGGCACUCCGGUUUCCUCCCACAUCCCAAAAACAUGCAUUAAUUGGAGACUCUAAAUUGCCUGUAGGCAUGAUUGUGAGUGUGAAUGGUUGUUUGUUUCUAUGUGCCCUGCGAUUGGCUGGCAACCAGUUCAGAGUGUACCCCGCCUCCUGCCCGAUGACAGCUGGGAUAGGCUCCAUCACGCCCGCGACCCUAGUGAGGAGAAGCGGCUCAGAAAAUGGAUGGAUGGAUGGACCAUGGACCACCUGAAGAUUUCGGUCAAGCUGUGACUUUCAUAACCUGCUCCCUUGUUUGCUGGAUGUUAACAAAGUACAAAAAACAACCAUGCAUCUCAACACACAAUAAUCUAAUGUCACACUUGUAUUUGUAAUAAAUGUAUAAAUGUCAAACCUCCACGUAACAGCACCUUGGGAAAUUUCAUAAAUGAAUAAAAUGCACGGAAAAUACAUGACAAAGACGCACAUGGCGCAGGUAACAGAAAUAAAAAUGACAAAUGAGCCUUCAAUGUCUUUGUGCAUGUCCAAUUUCCUCAAGCAGGACUGAAAUAUUUUCGCGUGACAUAUUUAUAUCCAACUGUUUGUUGUUUUGCAGGCUACUUUCUGGUAUACAAAGCCUGAUGUAAGAUGAUGGGACUGGAUCAAUAUUCUGCCGCAAAGUAGUUCCAUUGUGAGAAGUUUGAUUCCUAUAACAAAUAUUUCCAAAAAAUCAUACUGUGCCACAUUUUAGGAAAGGAUAUUAGGAAAGGGUGGGUGGAAUUCCACAAUCCAUACGCCAUCAUGACUCAAAUGUCUAAAAGUGAAAAUAAAUUCCGGUAUCCACACCCUUUACCCAGAUUCAGGAGAUUUUUAUUUAUAUAUUUUGCUUUGUUUUGUUUCACAAGCAGAAGUAAAAAGAGUACAAAAGAUAUUACUGUGUUUGCUAAAAUAUCCAAUAAUCUUAUAUAUAGUAUAUAUCCGAAGCAGAAAAAAAAUCGAGUGAAUUAAAAUAAAUUAUAUUUUUGGUGCCAGUACAAACCUUUUUUGCUCAGCUUCUAAUUAAGUACGCUUUAAUAUCUAGUAUGUGUAUAUACUGUACAAAUAGGGGUAACUAUUUUUCACUUCAUAGCAAGUGUGAGAUUUCUUCGAGUAUAUUGUGCAUACUCAGCUGUAAGACAUUUACUUUCAAGGGUAAUGUUUUAAAAUGAGUUUGAAAUGAUGUUAAAGUGUUUUGGGAUCACAAUUAGCGAGGGUUCAAUGUAAUUUGUUUCUUUGUUGACAUUAUCUUUUUAUUGCUACUGUUUUAAAUGUUAUACCUUAGAGCAGUGAUUUCCAACCUUUAUUGAGCCAAGGCACACCAACAAACAAAAAUGUCCAAAAAGUGGAUACUUAAUUACUGUAUGUACUUCUGGCCAUCUAAUAGAAGAGCAUUUAUUUGUUCUGUCUGUCACUAUGCCUCACUGGCAUAAAUAGAUACAUUGUUUCUUGUAAAUAAAUAUUUUUUUGAGCAAUUACGUAAAAUUUUAUAAUUUCCCAUGGCACACCUGAAAAGUGCUCACUAAUGCGCCCCGGCACACUGGUUGGGAAUCACUGUCUUAGAGUAUCAUUACAUAAUUUUGACAAAUUACAACAAAGACCACUACAAACAAGCUCUGUAAUUUACCAGUUUGCAAUUGUACUAUUUUUUUUUUUUACUGUGAAUUGCUCCUUUAUGUUAAGUGGUGGUGCCUCUGCAUUGUUUAAUCCUGCAAGGUGUUCCUGGAAAGUCAGAGACAGGAGGCAGAGGUGAAAGGUCACGCAACAUAUUUAUUUAGUCUGUCGUGUGUGCGUGUGAGUGAGUCCAUUCGAUUAUUUGUUUACAUUCUGAUGCAUUUUCUCUGAAGUGUGUGCAUUGGGAUUAUCUUGAAUGUGCCCUCUUUCCUCCGAAAAAAAUGUGACCAGAUUAACAAGAGAGUUGUGUUUUGCCUUCAUUAGUACCCAGUCAUUUGUAUGAACACAAUAUAAACUGGAAGAACACGGUCACUAGUUGCAAGUUGCGCCCGAAGACGGUCAAACUACUACCAGAGAGAGGUCAGCGGAUGGUCACCUGUCAUGAUUCUGUAAAGGACAUAUGUCUGAAUUUUAUGGCAAAAAGUCCUCCUCACCCAGAUUACCCAGCUCCCCAUCCAGAACUGUUGCAAUAUGGCGCCCCCUGCAGUUUGCCCACAGUUCCUUUUGCGACAAAUGACACUCAAAACAAAUCUCACAGGCUAACUCACAGUGCUGGGACUAGGUACUACACCCCCCCACACUCCAAGUCAGCAGGUGGCUCUGGAGCAUAUCAUUUUAAUGCCACCUCUGGUUUCCCCAUUAUUCACUUCCAAUGGGACAAUGCAACAUCCACUCUUCAACGUAUAGACUUGGACAGGCGCUGUCUAGAAGAGUGUCCACAGUUGGGCAUCAUGGGCGACCUUCAAGUGCUCAACCUGCAGCACAAUCUGAUCACCAGCAUCAGCCAGCUGUCACUCCUGAGGCAACUCGUCGUCCUCAACUUGUACGACAACCACAUUGCUGACAUGAGUGGUAUCGAAGGGCUCACCUCCCUCAGGAUCCUCAAUUUUGCCAAUAACAGGAUCCAUAAAAUUACCUGCUUGGACAACCUAUCCAAGCUCAACAUCCUGGAUUUGCAUCACAAUCAGAUCUGCAAGAUGGAGAACUUAAGCCAUUUGGUGGAGCUGCAGGUGUUGAACCUGGCUGGGAACAACAUCUCCCGAGUGGAGAACCUCCAAGGCCUGGACUGUUUGAUGGAGCUCAAUCUACGACACAACUGCAUCUCUUUUGUGCAUCUCUGCAUUGCUCCCCCUCCCCUCCUCAUCCUCACAUCACCUCCUCCCGCCCCUCCUCGUCCGCGAGGCAGCAGCAUGCUGGGCUCGGUGCAUGCGCAGGGCGGACGGGGAUGCUGUGCUGCCAGAGCCGAGAGCUGCAAGGCCGAGGUGGACCGUCUGCCCUGCUUACGGCGCCUCUUUCUUAGCUGCAAUAACAUCAGCAGUCUCCACCAGCUAGGCUGCUCCGGGGAGUCACUCUCCCUUUCCGAGCUCACCCUGGAUGGGAACCCUGUAGCCCUGAAGACAUGGUACAAGCAGGCUGUCCUGCGCUGUGUGCUUCACCUCAGACAGCUGGACAUGAAGCGCAUUACGGACGAGGAUCGGCGCAUGGCUGGUGUGCAGGCCCGGAAAGAGGAGGAGAAGAAGAAGGAGAGUCACAAGCAGACCAUUCACAAGGAGAAGCGGCGUCUUGCCAUCCGUAAUGCGGCACAUCAGUGGGAGGGCGUUGUCGCCGCCUGCAUGGAGCUGCUGCCGCCGUCAUCAACAACAAACAGCGCCAAAGAAGAAGUCAGCCCAGAGAACAGCCCUGCCCACUGCCCCACACAGACCAACGGCCUGGCUCAGGAGCCUUCGCCGGACGAGCCACGACGGGUCAGUCCGGGUUUUGGACCAGAACGAGUGACAAGUGGACCGGAUAGCCGGUUCCGCACCAACAGCCGUCCAAACAGCCCUCGAGAUCCAAAGCUCACGGAGGCAGGGAGCGUGACGAGCCUGUCGCUGUCCGAGAGUCAUCUGGCUGAGCUGGACAGCGACACCCUGCGCUUAUUCGGCCUCGGCGCCCUGGACGCGCUGGAGAGGGGGUGGGGGGUGCAGACGGCUGGUGCAGUCACCGUUAUCGCCUUCCGCUACAUCCACUUUGACGCCAUUGUACCGAUGCUGCCGAGGAUCAGGGUCAAGUUCCCCAAUCUGGUGCAUCUCAUUUUCCUGGAAGCCAACAUCAGCCGCCUGCCGCAGCUGGCCGCCCUUGCUCAGGUUCGGCGUCUGGAUCAGCUGACCGUCCACCCGCAGGGCAACCCGGUGGUGGGCCUGGCACUGUGGCGCUCCUUUGUCAUCUACCGCCUACACCACUUUAACCUGCAGAGAAUCAACGGCCAGGAGGUCACCAUGAAUGACGUCAUUGCCGCCGAGCGGGUCUUUGGGACACUGGGCCACGUGGCGGCCACCGAGACACCGCGCUGCCGCCUCCUCCUGCUGCUGGAGGAGUCCAGGAAGCGGCAGCUGCAGUUCCUGUUGGAGGGGCGCGGCCGGCGCACGGGGCUCAGCCCGGAGGAGCUGCGGGACAAUGGGAAGCUGGUGGGCGAAGGCCUGAGCCGAGCGCUCUUCAACUAUCCCAGCCGGGACGGCAGCAUGGACAGCCCGGAGGAGAGCACCACGGAGGCGUCGGAGCGCGCCGCCACAGUGGACCUCUACCUACAGGAUCUGGUGCGCCGGGCGUCCGAGACCAACGUGAAGGGCGAGGCCCUGCACCACCUGUGGCCCGCUAUGUUCGCCGAGAUGGUGCGCGAUUGUGUGCUGGAGAUGAGCGACCUAGCGGCCUUCCGCCAAGCCAGCCUUGCUAAGCUGUCCAAGUGAAUGAGGACAGGUCACGAUGGCCAUCUUGACCAGUAACCACACACAUAGUCACGUCUGGACGUUUUCACAAGCACCUUCUCCACAUGGACCACUUUAAGGACUUGUUAAUUGAAUGUAGUUGGGACAGCUUUGAAAUGACCACAAUCUGUUUUGAAUGACCUUUGCUGUGUCUUAAACCUCAUAUGUUAAUCUCCUAUGUGUCCUGCCUGAUAGAAGACGGACAGGCAAAAACAAAGACUUUGUUUUAAAAACACUGGAUUUCUCUAUUGUAUUGCACUUAGUAUUAAAAGAUUCUCUAUCAACACA